UCAUAAGGAUGGCACUUGUAGCAGAGAUUCUAAAAGAACAAACCUUAUUGGAUGCAUCUGAGCAAAGUGUUUGCUUGAGUGAUGAUAAACCUCUUUCAACCUCUCCUGUGAGCUCCACUCCUGUAACACCUCACAGACUUGCAACACCUUCACCAUGCUGUGAUAUAAAAGUCAGCAGCACUCUAGCACAUUCUGCACCAUCCCUUUCCAUCUCCUGUAUUGCCAGCUCUGCUGAAGUAACCUCUAGACUGUAUACCUCACUACAGAGGAGCAAAGAAAUAGAGGCAAAGGUCUGGUCCAGUUUGGACAGCCAUUUAAAAGGCCAGUCUGCUGUUUCUGAAAAACAUCAACAACUGGAAGGUGAUGUACAGAAAGAAAGACUACCUUUUGAAGCGAUAGUUCCUUUAGAUCAUUCCACGCAUACAAUUUUACAGCCUACAUCUCUGUCUCACUCUUUGGUGUCUGUAAAUAUGAGCCAGUUGGAUAAAUGUAAAAUAUUGAACUCAAGUCCCAGGCUGUAUGGCUUUUCAUAUCCUCCCAGUUUCACUACCAGGCAGAAACCAAGAUUGAGAUCCACUAACUGUUUACUUGAUGUUUCAUCGGGCAUGGGGUCCGACAUUGAGACCUCCAGUUCGAGCAGGGAAAGUAGACGCCCUCCAGGAGGUCCUGUUCAUCUUCAUCUGUCAGAACGUUCAGCAGGUGCCAGUGCAGUGCUAUCAUAUGACCUUAAAAACUGUGUCACCAGUGAAGAUUCAACGGCCACUGGCAACCUUGCAGAAGUAACUGCAGUUGAAGGACUGGAGUGUCUCGCUGAUGAGAUGACACAGAUAUCAGCAGCUGGACUAGAAGCCAGCUCCUCAGCAAAGGGCCGGUCACGACACAUCUCUGACAUGGAAACUGUUCGGUCACACCUGCAGAGCAUGCUCAAAGUUUCUCGAGAAAACCGCUUCAGUGACUUUCCCAGUCUUCCUUCUGCACCUGUGAUAUCUGAGAGCAAAGACGAUUCAUUGGAAAGUGAUAGUACUACAACAUUACUGAAUGCCAUACCUCUGGAGGACAUCUCUCCACCUGCUUCAGUACCUGAAGUUGAAGAGUUUUACCUGCCUGACUCUGUCCCUGGGAUUGAAGAGUUUUUCCCACUGUACUCAAGACUUCAUCUUGCACCCACUGCAGGAGCACCUUCCAUGGGAACUCAAACUCAGAUUCUUCGAGAUACCCUAGAGAAGGAGAGAGCACGGAGAAAGCACUGUGAGAAUCACAUCAGGAAUCUUCAGAAGAGAGUCAUGGAAUUACAGCAACAGUUGGCAGUGGCAGUGACUGCUGACAGGAAGAAAGACAUUAUGAUAGAGCAGCUGGACAAGACCCUGGCAAAGGUUGUUGAAGGAUGGAGAAAACAAGAGGCAGAGAGAGCAGCAACCAUGAAGCGACUCCAGGAAGAGAGAGAGAAUGCUGAGCGUGCAAAACUGAAGCAACAGGAGAUGCUGUCGAGAUUUGAAGAGAGUUUGUCUCAAGCAGUGGAAGCAAUGGCAAAGGAACAGGAGCAGAUUUCACAGUUACAGAAGGAUCAGCAACUCUUAGAGCAGGAGAACAGUCGAUUACUGAGAAACCUGGAAUUAGAGAAGAAUCGCAGUCAAAGCCUGCAGAUUAAAAUUGAUGAGAGCGAACAAGCACGGAAACAUGCAGAAAAGCAGUUGGAGAGCCUGAGAGUCAGUGUAGAGGAGCAAAGAGACUCCUGGGUGUGUCGAGAGAGAGAACUGCAGAUGAGGUACACCACUAUGGAACAGGAGAGUCAAAGGCAACUAGAGAAAGAAAGGGAGAGUGUGAAUAAGGAGUCCCAGCGUGCUACAGAUGCUCAGCGAGUCCUAGCUUCUGUCCAGUCUGAAGUUCAGAGACUGGAGGCUGAGCUGGACACAAUCCGACAAGAGAAGGCACAAUACCAGACACAGAAAUCUCAGCUAGAAUCAGAGUUCAAGACGACUCUUGAACAGAAGGUAAUUGAACGACUGAUGGAAGUGCAUGAAGAAAAUACCCGCCAGGCAGCAGCAGUGCGAGAACAGCACAGGAAGCAGAUCACAGAGCUUAAGAUUCAGCAUGAGAAGGAGCUGGCUACACAACUGGCCUGUUUUCAGUCCGAUCUCACUGAACUCGACCAGAGCCAUAACAGAAUCACUGAAGAGAAACAACGAAGGUUAGAACAAGCAGAGGAGGAAAUCCAAGAGCUUACAGGUGCAAAGAGGAGGCUGGAAGCCCAGCGCACAGAUCUGGUUAACAAGUUCCAGACCAUGAUGCAUACUCAUUGGAAUGAGGUGCUCAGAGUCCUCACAGCAGAUGGUUCCCCUCAGAGUCGUAACCAGCAGCUUCAGUAUGUAUGUGCUCAAGAUUUGCAUUCGUUCGGAGAACAGAACACCUGUAGUUCAUCCUCUGAUAACCCUGUGGGUUUAAGCCUUUCCACUGAGAAGCAGACUGCUGUGAAUAGACAUAUAAACUUUAAUUUAUCAGAAAACGAACAGUCAAAGAAGGCAGUAAACAAGGAAAGCUGUGUACCCUUGGUUCUUGAAAACCUGACAAAUGGUAGCUCUUUGAGUUCACAGUCAACUCAUAGCCACAGAAAGGAGUUAACACAAGAGACUGUCACUGAGGAUUCUGAGAGGCUGUCUGUUCCAGGCAACUUGAGUGAAGCUGGACUUUUGAAUGUUGUUAGAGAAUGUUCAGAUCGAGAAGCUAUGUACACCUGUCAGAACUCAAAGCCUGCAUUCCCUCAAGCUGUUCCUCUUCAGCCUGCUAUCCAGCUGACCUCUCAGAAUGCAGCAGUGAUUGGUGGAAGCAGACCAACAGAGCUACCUUUGCGCAGUAGCUUGACUAAACUCCACUUGGUAGUAACUGGAAAAGCCUCUGAGGUGCACAGUACUCAGGAAAGUAAGCUUGAUCCUGUGGAGACCAGAUAUGCAGGUGUCGCACAGCAGCAUUUGGCUUUUCAAGAUCCUAGCAGCACUCAAAACCAAAGUGUUGGGGCCUUACUGCCUCUGUUGCCCAGCAGGCCAGCAACUGAUCUCAGCAGCUUGUUCAACCACAGCUUCAUGAGCCAGCAGAGCUUUUUUCCUCUGGAGCCUCAUGUAGAUGAGACCACGAUGACAGCUCCUCCUUUCCACCAUGAUUUAAUGGCUGAACAUCCAUAUACGGAUGGACAAGAUUACCCCUGUGAGAAAGGCAGUCCACCCAUGCUCAGAUCCAAUUCUGUAAAUAAACAUCCUGUCCAGAAAUUGGACCCAAGACAGACAGAACUGCAGCAUUACAUUCAGUUGCUCUUGGACCGAUCCCCAGGUGACCCACUGAAUGAAAAGGCUAAAGGGUUGGAAGGAGAGUCGCAGUCCAUAAGCGGUGCUAACCAGCAGCAGCCAGGUCCUGAUGCUGAAGUGCUGUCACCACUACAUGUUGGAGAAGUUUCACGUCUCCUUGGACUUUAUCACCCCAGCUCUGAUAAACCUACUCCUACUAUUGAAGAACUUUUUGCUUAUUUGCGUGAUGUCAGCCUGCACAGACCAACAGACUGGAAAGGAGAUGGGCAGUUGUCCAGCACAAAAGAAGAGAAGGCCAUCUACAGAAACUCUGAACCAAACUUAGGUCGAGCAGUGGUAAAAGAGGUGGUAUCUUCACAGACAGCAGGUGGUGUUCGGCGUCCAUCUUUUUCCAAACCCAGCAGUGAUAAGAGUCAAAGUGCUGCACGAACUGGACGGAAAUCUGUGAACCUGUCCCAGCAGAACUGCAAGACAGGCAGGUCUGGAUUCUGGAGAUAGAACUGUCAUCACAUCAGCAUUCUGAAGUCCUGCAAUGCUCUGUUUCCAAUUUGCUGAAGUAAAGUGAUGCUGACCCUCAGACGCAAUACAGUACUGUCCCUACAAGACAAUGAUACUGAAUGGGCCACAUCUUUUGUAGCUGGUGUCUUGCUUUACAGAAUGCUGCUGUGCUGCUACACAAUUACACUUUAACUUUACCACACUUCUGUCUCAGUAUGAAGCUUUGCCUCCCAUCCAAAUGGCAAAAAUCCAUCUCUGUGUGAAACUGUAUCCCCCCUCAUGGCAGUAUUCCAUCUCUGUGAUGCUGUACCCUUCAUACCACAGUAUGUAAUCUCAGUGAUGCUGAACCCUUCACAUGGCAGUAUUCCCUCUUAAUAUAAAUUUGUAUACUCACAGUACAGUACUCCGUAUAUGUGAAGAUGUACCCCUGACAUAGCAGUAUUCCUUCCUAAUGUGAAUCUGUGCCCUCACACUGUAGUAUUCCAUGUCCAUGAAGCUGUACCCUCACAUAGCAAUAUUGUUUCUUGAUAUGAAUGUAUCCUCACACAGUAGUACUCCAUCUCAGUGAAGCUUUACCCCCACAUAGCAAUAUUGCCUCUUAAUGUGAAUGUACCCUCACACCAUAGUACUUCAUGUCAGUAUGAAGCUGUACACAUCUCUUGGUAGUAUUCCAUCUUAGUGUGAAGCUGUAACCCUUAUGUGGGAGUAUCUCGUCUUAAUGUGAAACUGUUCCCUCACACACAGUACUCUAUCUGUGUCAGUCUUUACUGUUCACAGUACAGUAUUUCAUGUCACUGUGAAGCUGUCUGCCUCCCAUAGCAGUAUUGUAAAUAUGGUGCUGUACACUUCACACCACAGUACCCUUUCUCAAUGAAGUUGUGCCCUUGCCCUCACAGCACAGUACUGUAAUUCAGUUUGAAGCUGUGCCCAUCACAUGGCAGUGCUCCAUUUCAGUAUCAAGUAGUAACUACCACAUAGCAGUACUUCAUCUCAGUAUGAAGCUGCACCCCUCACACUGUAGUACUCCAUGUCAUUAUGAAACUGUACCCUUCUCACUGUAGUACUCCAUGUCAGUAUGAAACUCUUGCACUCUAAUACUCCAUGUCAGUGAGAUACUGCACCCUUUGCACUGUAGUACUCCAUAUCAGUAUGAAGCUCUUCCUCUCACACUGUAGUACUGCAUGUCAAUUUGAAUCUGUACUCCUCACAUUGUACUACAGUAUGAAGCUGUACACCUCACACUGUAGUACUCCAUGGCAAUAUGAAGCUAUAUCCCUCACACUGUAGUACUCUGUGUCAGUGUGAAACUAUAACUUUUAUGCUGUAGAACUCCUUGUCAUCAGAAAACUGUAACCCUCAUACUGUAGUAUUCCAUGUCAGUAUGAAACUAUACCCUUUGCACUAUAGAACUCCAUGUCAGUAUGAAACUGUACCCCUCGUAUUGCAGUAUUCCAUGUCAGUAUGGUUCUCUACUCCUUUGACUGUAAUACUUCAUGUCAGUAUGAAGCUGUACACCUCACAGUACUCCAUCUGGAUAUAAAGAUGUACAUCUCACAUGGCAAUACUCAAUCCUUUUACCCUCUCUUCCCCACUUACUUUGUAGCACACUUCCUACUAUGAAUCUCUACCAUGGCAGUAUUGCAUUUCUGCCCUUCAUGAGGCAGUAUUCCUGCAUGAUGCUCUGUCCCUACCAGUGUCACACCAGAAUAAAGGAGUACCCCUCCGACAUAUUUAAAUAUUUGUGUAAUCCAAGAGAAGCCAUGCACUUAUACACUUUAUUAUGUGGUUCUGAUACACCAGAGUAAAGUUUUGCCUUUUUAUUCCCUACACAGAGCCCAGGUAAUUAUUUAAAUAGUGCCUCAGAUGUUUUAGAAAGAUGACUCCCCACAUGGCUGUUGAGAUCUUUUUGUGUUUGUACUGAUCUGCUAUGUCAAUGUACUCUAUUUAUAUUUAAUACUAUCCUAAAUAUUUGGAACAAUGCUGUUUCAGUUAUAGGACAUGUUAGUCAAAAGUUUGAGUUCAAUAAUGCAACUAUGAUAUUUGGCAGCUUUGACCUGCUUCCCGAGUUAUCACAUCAUGUAUAUCUGUUCCAAGUGCAGUAAUGUUACUAGCAUUGUAAUAUGUAUCUAUGUUCUGACUUUGUCACAUAGGCCCAUCCAUACUUUACGGACCUGCCCUGCUUUUCCAUUAUGAUGAUGUUUGCCAUAUUAUGCUUGAUGAGUUUGAAUUCCUGAUUUGGUGGUGUAGUACUAUAUCCUGCAGACUUGUCGACUUCUUGGUAUGACAUGCACUCUGCUCUGUUGAGCAAGAUUGGUGAUAUCCCACUAACGCACUGUAUUUGUGCUAUGUAGGUGUGUUGAUUUCUUGGUAUGAUGAAACAUUGCCUGUGUUAUGCAGCCUUCUUGAUUUCGUGGUGUAAUACAUUAUCUACUGUACUAUGCAUAUUUAGUUUCCUUGACUGGGGAUUUUCUUUGUUUUCUGUGGUCUUGCUGGCAUUCUCGUAUGCUCCACUGUCCCCUCAUACUAUGACGGAUUCCCUGAUUUUAUGUGCACAACACUGUAGACAUUGUACUUUGCAGACUUAAUUUGGGUUUCCCAGUGUGCAAACCCAGUUUACCAGCACAUUGCUUUUUCAUCUACUUGAAAGUUGUAUGUACUGCAGUGUUCAGUUUUUUUAGACCAUUGGAAGCUGCAGACCAGAGCUCUAUCCCCUUUUUUUUCUUGGGUAUGGUAAACACUUUUUGGAGUAAUGACUUCAGUUUAGGCCUGAUUGUUGGCAGCUUUAUCGAUCCAGACAAGAAUGAGCUGAAGGUGGACCAUGUAGCAGUCCUUUCUAUUGCAAAGCAUCUACAGCGCUGCAUAUCUGUGAUGACAUGGUUGUAACAUUACAUACCCUAAUACUCAGUUGUUCUGCCGAUAUUCCUAGCUGAUAGUAAGAGACUGUUUAAAUAAAUUAAUACCCAGGGUCCUGGAUGAAAUGUCUUAAUACCAUACAUUAACGCAUUGUACAGGAACUCGCUGACAAUUUCAAGUGAUGCAUGUAUGUGUGCACUUCACCUAUAGGCUGUAGCUGAUGUCUCAGGGUAGUGCUGUACACAAUACCUGUUGUUUGGUAUACCAUCACUUUUCAGAACUAUGUGUUUAUACUCUGCACCCUCUUUUAACAGUAUGCUAACCCCUGAGCUAUUGGGUGUGCUCUAUGCAAACAUUCACAUGAGUUUCAGAAGAAAUGGUGUAAGAUCCUAGCAUUAAUGUUGGGUUGAACAAAUUUCAAAAUGUGACCUUGUAGUCCAUCAUGUGCUUUCAAGUCAUUUGCUGCUUGAAUGAUCCGCAUUGAUUAAAAUUUUAUGUAACAUAAAUUAAUUGUUAAAUACUGAAAUGUAUUUAUGUUAAACUUCCAAAUAAGAUA